AUGUGCCUCGCAGAAAACGUCUACCACGUCGCCUGUGGCUGCUGGCAAGGCCACCACAUAACCCACCCAUGCUACAAACAAGCAUCCACACCUCGCUCUCGCCCUCCCAACGACUCGCCGGGGGUUGACGACGAAUGCCCAGACCUCUCCUGCUCCGGCGUCUUCCGUCAAGCGGGCAAGUGCCUCGUCUGCCGCCGCCGCGAAGCCCAGCAGCAGAGCGUGUUCCCGCUCCCGAUUCCGCCGCCUACACCGCCGCCUUCGCCUUCACCUCCGCCUCGGCCGCAGCCAUCACACACUCGUGCCGCGAGGCGAGGUGACGACGAGGACGAGAACGGAGACGAAUAUGAGAACCAAAGAGUAAGAGUCGCGCUUCUGGCCGAAGUCCUCCGCCGGGCCGUCGACGUCCGCGGCGACGGAGUUGGCGGUUCCUUUCGGUCCGAAUCUAAUACGGCGAGUAGAUCGCAUUUCCUACAAGACUGUGAUGAUAAUACUAGCCAUGGAUCUAUCACGUCGGACACUGCUGACGGAGGAACUUAUUUCAUCAAGGACUCGGAGGAGACUUUCGAGACGAAGAGUACUGCGUGGCAUCAACAUUGA